AUGGAGAACUCCCACGCAAAGACCGUGGAGGAGUGUCUGGCCUACUUUGGUGUGAGUGAGAACUCUGGCCUGACACCUGAACAGGUGAAGAAGAACCUGGACAAAUAUGGUCCCAACGAGCUCCCAGCAGAGGAAGGCAAGUCCAUCUGGGAACUGGUGCUGGAGCAGUUUGAGGACCUGCUGGUGCGAAUCCUGCUGCUGGCGGCCUGCAUCUCCUUCGUGCUGGCCUGGUUUGAGGAAGGUGAGGAGACAAUCACUGCAUUCGUGGAGCCAUUUGUCAUUCUCCUGAUCCUCAUCGCCAAUGCCAUCGUAGGAGUCUGGCAGGAGAGGAACGCUGAAAACGCCAUUGAGGCCCUGAAGGAGUAUGAACCCGAGAUGGGCAAGGUGUACCGUGCAGACAGGAAGUCUGUGCAGAGAAUCAAGGCCCGGGACAUGGUCCCCGGUGACAUCACCGAGGUGGCUGUGGGUGACAAGGUGCCAGCUGACAUCCGGAUCAUCUCCAUCAAAUCCACCACCCUGCGUGUGGACCAGUCCAUCCUGACAGGUGAGUCUGUCUCGGUAAUCAAGCACACGGAACCUGUCCCAGACCCUCGUGCUGUCAACCAGGACAAGAAGAACAUGCUCUUCUCAGGCACCAAUGUGGCAGCUGGCAAGGCUGUGGGCAUCGUCAUUGCCACAGGGGUGGGCACCGAGAUCGGGAAGAUCCGGGAUGAGAUGGCAGCCACGGAACAGGAUAAGACGCCUCUGCAGCAGAAGCUGGAUGAGUUCGGGGAGCAGCUCUCCAAGGUCAUUUCGCUCAUCUGCGUGGCCGUCUGGCUCAUCAAUAUCGGCCACUUCAACGACCCCGUCCACGGCGGCUCCUGGAUCCGUGGUGCCAUCUACUACUUCAAGAUCGCCGUGGCCCUGGCUGUGGCCGCCAUUCCUGAAGGUCUCCCAGCGGUCAUCACCACCUGCCUAGCCCUGGGCACCCGCCGCAUGGCCAAGAAGAACGCCAUUGUCCGGAGCCUGCCAUCCGUGGAGACCCUGGGCUGCACCUCAGUCAUCUGCUCCGACAAAACCGGCACCCUCACCACCAACCAGAUGUCUGUGUGCAAGAUGUUUGUUGUUGAGAAGGUGGAGGGAGAUGUCUGUUCCCUGAAUGAGUUGAGCAUCACCGGAUCCACCUACGCCCCUGAGGGAGAAGUGCUGAAGAAUGACAAGCAUGUGAAGGCUGGGCAGUACGAUGGGUUGGUUGAACUGGCCACUAUCUGUGCCCUCUGCAAUGACUCCUCCUUGGAUUACAAUGAGGCCAAGGGUGCCUAUGAGAAGGUGGGGGAAGCCACCGAGACGGCUCUGACCUGCCUGGUGGAGAAGAUGAAUGUUUUCAACACAGAUGUGCGGAGUCUGUCCAAGGUGGAACGCGCCAAUGCCUGCAACUCUGUGAUUAAGCAGCUGAUGAAGAAGGAGUUCACCCUGGAGUUCUCCCGUGACAGGAAGUCCAUGUCUGUGUACUGCUCCCCUGCCAAGGCCUCCCGCGCAGCUGUCAGCAACAAGAUGUUCGUCAAGGGUGCCCCUGAGGGGGUUAUUGACCGCUGUAACUAUGUCCGAGUGGGCACCACCCGUGUCCCCCUCACGCCCCUGGUGAAAGACAAGAUCUUGACCAUCAUCAAGGAGUGGGCGGGGCGGGACACACUGCGCUGCCUGGCUCUGGCCACACGUGACACCCCCCCAAGGAGAGAGGACAUGGUGCUGGAGGACUCUGCCAAGUUUGUCGAGUAUGAGGUGGACCUGACCUUUGUGGGCUGUGUGGGGAUGUUGGACCCACCCCGGAAGGAGGUGAUGAGCUCCAUCCAGUUGUGCCGUGACGCCGGCAUCCGCGUCAUCAUGAUCACGGGGGACAACAAGGGCACGGCCAUCGCCAUCUGCCGCCGCAUCGGGAUCUUCACCGAGGAGGAGGAGGUGAUGGGCAGGGCCUACACAGGCCGCGAGUUCGACGACCUGCCCCCCGCUGAGCAGCGCGAGGCCUGCAAGCGGGCCUGCUGCUUCGCCCGUGUCGAGCCCACCCACAAAUCCAAGAUCGUGGAGUUCCUGCAGUCCUUUGAUGAGAUCACAGCCAUGACAGGCGACGGGGUGAAUGAUGCCCCUGCGCUGAAGAAGGCCGAGAUCGGCAUCGCCAUGGGCUCUGGCACAGCUGUGGCCAAGACGGCCUCCGAGAUGGUCCUGGCUGAUGACAACUUCUCGACCAUUGUGUCUGCCGUGGAGGAGGGCAGGGCCAUCUACAACAACAUGAAGCAGUUCAUCCGCUACCUCAUUUCCUCCAACGUGGGCGAGGUCGUAUGUAUCUUUCUCACAGCUGCUCUGGGCCUUCCAGAAGCCUUGAUCCCCGUGCAGCUGCUGUGGGUGAACCUGGUGACUGACGGGCUCCCGGCCACUGCUCUGGGCUUCAACCCCCCGGACCUGGACAUCAUGGACAAGCCGCCCCGCAGCCCCAAGGAACCCCUCAUCAGUGGCUGGCUCUUCUUCCGCUACAUGACCAUUGGCGGCUACGUCGGAGCUGCCACGGUGGGUGCCGCUGCCUGGUGGUUCCUCUAUGCAGAGGAUGGUCCUGGCGUCUCCUAUCACCAGCUGUCCCAUUUCAUGCAGUGCACGGAGGAAAACGUGGACUUUGAGGGGCUGGACUGCGAGGUAUUCGAGUCGCCUGUGCCCAUGACCAUGGCCCUGUCUGUGCUGGUCACCAUCGAGAUGUGCAACGCCCUCAACAGCCUGUCUGAGAACCAGUCCCUGGUGCGCAUGCCACCCUGGGUGAACAUCUGGCUGCUGAGCUCCAUCUGCCUCUCCAUGUCCCUGCACUUCCUCAUCCUCUACGUCGACCCCCUGCCCAUGAUCUUCAAACUGACACCACUGGACCUGACCCACUGGCUUGUGGUGCUGAAGAUCUCGUUCCCUGUCAUCCUCCUGGAUGAGGUGCUGAAAUUUGUCGCCCGGGACUACCUGGAAGUGGGUUUAGAAGACCCGAAGAGGAGGAAGAAGUGA